UGCUCACAACACCUUAGAUCUCCUAGAUUGUCGAAUUUCGCACAUAUUGAACAGUUUAUCCUCAGCUGCUGACAUAUCAGGCCUAUUGCUUCUUCUAGUGCCAUGUCCGACCACGGGUCGAUUGCCAGCUCUGACGAUGAACAAAGCACCACAUCUAGCUCGUCCACUUCAGGCUCCGAGUCGGGCGGUAAACGGCUAGAAAAAGACCCUGGGGCAGAGACAUUUGAAGAUCCCGAACAAGUUGCAUCGACAGUGAGUGAGGAGGGUAUAGACUCCCCAGAAGUCAAACCACCCAUGUUAGCUCUUCUAGAGCCGACCGAGGGCCAAUAUGAUAUUGUCUUGGUUCACGGACUCCAUGGAGAUCAGCAAAAGUCCUGGGCUAGUCCGACCGACGAGGAUGGCAAGCCAACCUGGCUGACCGAGGGUCUUGCUGGGAAUCCACCAGUAGCACGAAUCUACAGUUUCGGAUAUUCCUUAAAGCUAGACAGCCUCAACAAAUCACCCAUGACUGCCAUUCACGAUUUGGCAGAUCUAUUGAUCAACGAGCUGUAUGAGAAAGUAAAGGACGAUCCCGCGGACCCUUUUCGCCCCAUCGUGUUCAUCACGCAUGACAUCGGGGGGGUCAUUGUCAAAGAGGCCUUGCGCAUCACAUUCUUGGAAAGAACAAACUAUAACUGGUUGUCUAUAUAUACUCGUGCUCUGGUACAACCUGAGCCCGACACUGCAGUGGUCAGAAUCUGACAUGUGUAGGUUUUUUUCGGAUGUCCUCAUCAAUCGAUCUAUGAUGGCAGCAUGACAGAUCAGCUGCUGCCUCUCGUGUUCCAACAUGGACCUCCCUCUGGCAAUCUCUGUUU